AAGGACCGGAGUGCCUGCAGAUGCAUUUCUCUCUAUCCCAGUGCCCCUCCCUCUCCUCCUCUCUUUCGCCCUGUCUAACUCUCUACAUCUUUCUCUCCCUUUCCUCUCCUCCCAUGCUCUUUCUCUCUCUCAAACAGAGUCUAACAUUAACAAAGCAAGUGAGCAGAUAGAAGGAGGGAUGAACAGAAAGUGAUAGAGACAUUGAGAAAGUGUGGACCACUUUUUCAAUUCAUUCAUCUACCAGGUUUGGAGUUGUCUGAAUGAUAGAAGGAGAGGCUCAGGGUUUGCUCACAGGUGACAUUUGAUGUUUGAAAAUCUGACCAUGCUGAAUCUACAAAACAGCUCCAACUGGACUGCUCCAAACAACUGGUACCAUCCACCUGACACCAUCACCACACAACAUGGAACAGAUGUAGAGGAUCUGAAUGUGCAGAUGGCAGGGGCGAGAGAAGGAGCGGUGCAAGGAGAGAGGGAUGAGGUGGACGAGACUCAGCUACACCUGCAGCUGAAGAGGAAACUGCAGAGGAACCGCACCAGCUUCACCCAGGAGCAGAUAGAUGCCCUGGAGAAAGAGUUUGAAAGGACACAUUAUCCAGAUGUCUUUGCUCGAGAAAGACUGGCAGCAAAAAUUGAUCUUCCAGAGGCUAGAAUUCAGGUAUGGUUCUCCAAUCGGAGAGCUAAGUGGAGGAGGGAGGAGAAGCUGAGAAACCAAAAGAGAUCAGGAGGCACAAGUUCCUGUUCUCAGACCCAUACUCCACUGAGCACUUCCUUUAAUUCCCCUGUAUAUCAUCACAACAGCUCAGGCUCAAUGCACAGUCGAAGUGAUUCCUCUCUCUCAGGCUAUGGCUCCCUGUCAGUCUUCUCCAGUAUGCAGUCUUUGUCUUCUCAGUCCACCCCGACUUACUCCUGCAUGUUGCCCCCUUCUCCCUCUGCCCUACCCCCUCUUUCUCGUAAAUUUGACUCUUCAUCCUACACCUCUCCCCAUCUCCCGCCGCCUCCCACGGCCAGCGCAAACACAGGCUUUUUUCCUGGUGUUUCUACAGCGGGACAGACUGCAGUUCAGGGCGGUGACCAGGAGUUGGGACAAGGUCUGAGUCAGUACUGGACGAGACUGCAGUAAACAGCUCAUCAUUUAUCAGACUAAAACCAGCAAAGCUUCUUACAACGUUUAACUGAGCAUUUAAUACAAAACCUUCCAAACACACAAGACAAUCAUAUGUAUUUGAAUUAUUUUACACAUCAGAGAAGCAGUUUAUGUAUGCAAACUGUCAAAUAAAGACCUCACAAAAUGGUAGGCAACAGCACAAACUAGUCUGGUUAUAGAUAUCAAAGAUGACCGAUUCAGAUCUGGUCUGUUAAAGACAGUAUUGUUUGACACCCUGCCUUUUGUAGUUCAAAUAGUUGUUGAUUCAUGUGCAACUUAAAAUCAAACUGCCCGCAUAGGGAGUAGAUAUCAGACAUUGAUAGUCUUAAAUAUGCUGGUAUGGUAUGACACAAAUCUGUUUCAGUUCAUCGAGGAAUAAAUCAGCCAUAUAUAUAUAUAAUGCUGAUAUGAAACAACCAAUGACAAUCAAGCUUGAAACUGUGCAAAGCAAUGACAAUCAAUCAAAUGCACAAAAUAGCUUAUAAGAUUCAAAACUGACAAUCAAAAUAAGUUAUUGCAAAAGGGUGCAACGACAAUCAAGCGUAUGACUAAUCAAGUGUAAUAUACUGAAGUUAAGCUGAUGAUUUAUUACUGUAAAUUGUUAAAUGGACAAUACUGUGAUUUUGAUUAUCACUCCGUAAUAUUCAUGUUUUUCUGUCAGAGCCCAUGACCUUGAAUUUCACUGUAGUAUUGUAUGUUUGAAUGUGUGUGCAUAUGAAAUGAGUGACAGGGAAAGAGUGAUGUUAUUGUAUUUAUCAUUAGAACUGUGAACAUUUUAGUGUCAACCCUUUUGUGGAAUAACAAAAAAAUUGAAAUAAAAAAUAUGACAGCA